AUGACGCAUCGCAACGUUGGCUGGCACGCACAGGGCGACGUCGAACAGACCCAAGACCAGCACAUCCACAAGAACGUCUUCCGGAUCCGAGGGGCAAUUGCUGCGACGAACUACCUGCGGGUUCCAAGAGAUGCAGCAAAGGGAACACACGGACUGGGCCUUACAGGGCGCUACGCUUACGUGCAAUUACGUCGCAUCGGAGACUUACCCAUGACGAUUCAUCUCGAUUUCGUCACGAACAAGAAGACGGCGCUGCGAUUCACGCUGAGCUCUAUCUAUCAGCUGGUUCGGAGUGCCGGAACGGUUUUGAGAGUGCCUCUAAGCUUGGAUGCUCGGUGGACCGUGGUUGUGAUUGACAUGGCGGCCUUACUGGAUUCCUUUAACCAGUACGCAAGAGAGACCUAUCGUCACCUCAAGACCAUCACACUAUGUGCGUCCAUGAAUGUGCGAAACUUCUUUGUGUCUCCCACGCUGUAUACACCGACGGAGGAUCUUCGUAUUGCCGCAACACCCACGCCUAUAUCUCCUACUCACGAAGUAGACGCUGAAGUGACAGCGAAAGGAUCUCCAAGAACACGAGACUCGAAUCUUCGCCGUGACAGAAACGACAUCUUGUCAAAGGCCGAUCAGAUAUUACGCGAUGCUGGGAUCUUUGACAGAGGGCUCCGAGCCAAGAUCGUCUCGUCUUCUACCAAGGCAGAGUGGCCCGAUCCGAUUUUGGAGCUUGACCGGGUUAUCGGAUUUUCGAACGAUUAUUCACGAAUGUUACUGUGGCUUCCUGAUGGUUCUGCCUGCGUGUACACAAGUUCAUCAGCGAUCAUCAUCAGGGAAUUUUGCGACGAAGGCAUGGAUCCAAGACGGUCGGCUACUUCACAGCGAGUCUCCACUGAAGCUGUCAAAGGCUCAUUGGAAACUACCAGUUCAGCUACCGCGACUCGGGAGCACUUCUUAUACGGGCAUUCAGCGUCCAUCUGUGCUCUAGCAGUAGCGAGCGAUGGGGGGCUAUUGGCAUCGGCAGAGGUACCUCUUCAAGCGAAGAACCAAAAUGGGGUCAGACUUUGGGAUCUUGCAAGUCGCGAAUGUGUCACCGUAGUCAAGGCGCAGCCUAAAGGCGUUCACGCGCUUUGUUUCUCGAGCGCGUCAAAGCGCCGCCUGCUGCUCUGCGCUGUCGGGCGUGACGAGUGUUUCCGCACACAAAUCUUCAUCUGGGAUUGCUCGUGCCUUCGACAUGGAAAAAAGGAAGCUUAUUCGGGGGCAGCAGUCAGUCUAAUGGCGCGACAAACGUCGGACUUCCCGAUCGACCGCGUCGCCUUCUCUCCAUACGAGCAGCAAGAUCACUACCAUCUCGUGUCAUGUGGUCGGGAAAAUAUUCGCUACUGGCGCGUGAAUCCAAACACUGGCCAUCUCACGGGUUGUCCCGUCAUUUUGAACGAAUACUCUCGAGGAACCGUGUUCACGGAUAUCGGCUUUGACACGAUCGCAGAGUCGCAUCCUUCCGACAUUCGCCGUGUUCGCCCGCUGUACGUGGCGUCCAGCUUGGGGACAUUGCUUGUGAUUGACUACGACUCGAAGCAGGUUAUCUGCGUGUACCAGCUUCACGAUGCCAGCAUCAACUGCUUGUCUAUCAACGAAGGUUUCUGCGUGACCGGAUCAGACGACUGCUUUCUCCGAGUUUGGCCAUUGGACUUCACCGAUUUCUUCUUGGAAGCGCACCACGAAGCUGGAGUGAGCUCGUUGGAUGUAUCCCCCGAUGGGAUGAAGGUGCUGGUCGGCAGUCGCAACAACGCGAUCGGUUUAUUGGAUAUCGCUGACCAGCAGUACGCAACUUUGCUGCGAUCCCACACUAAAGAGAUAACUGCGAUGACGCCUGCACCAUGGGGUUCUCCGCUAGCCUCUUUGCUACUCGAAGAUGCACGAGCAGGGGAGAUUGGUACCGCAGAGAGCGAGCUGGUAACAGCUUCCAGUGAUGGCACGCUGCGCGUUUGGGACACAACGUCGGGGUAUCAGUUAUAUGAGUUCGACAUGCAGGAAGAACGCGUGACGUGCUUGGCCGCGUCGCCGGUGCAUAGCGGCAUUGUCGCAGUAGGCUUCGCUUCAGGCUGCACGCGGAUCUUUGACGCCCCUUCAAGUAUGCUGCAUGAAUUCCGGCAACAUCAGAGCUCCAUUCGUCACAUUGAGUUCGACAUCGACGCGGAGCAUCUAUUCACAUCGGGGGCUGGGAAGCAGUUGUGUCUAUACGACGCACGACAGCAAGACUACUUGCCGUUGAAGAUGCUGCUGGCAGAUUUUGAUCCUGAAGACGGUCGUUUUGUACUCAGUCACGACAAGAAGUGGCUAGCCAUAGUCAGCAGCGACAGGAAAAGUAUCGUCAUGCUUGAUCCUUGCUCACUUCGCGUGGCGGCUACGGUUCAGCCACCAAAACAACCAGGAGGUAUCUCUCUGACAGGUCAAGAGGAGUCACUGAAGCUUGUGCGUUUCUCCAACAGGUCGACAGAGCUGCUGGUACUAUCAGCAAGCGAUCGCCUGCAUAUAUUUUCCCUUCCAGACCGGGAGUUCGUGCAGUCGAUGCCCCUGCUUGGGCAAGAUGGUAUCAGCGCCUUGGUAAUGAGUGCCAAUGCGAAAUACAUGGCCACUGGAGGAGUGGACGGAUCUCUCCGCGUUUGGAACUGGGACGACAGAGGACGCAUUGGGCGAAUGCACCAGUCAUUUAUCGGCCAUGGGGGCAAAGUGAACGAUUUGGCUCGAGUGCGAUCUGCAUUUGGCAGUUCCACGGAGAUUCGUCGCCAUUGUCGCCGCGAGCAAAGAGCGGCAGCAUGGAUUUAG